GAGAGAGAGCGCGAGAGAGCGCGAGAGAGAGCGAGUGGGAGGGAUAGAAAGCGAGAGAGCGAAGGGAGGGAGGAGAGCGUUUAUGUCUAGUGACAGCCAACAGUAGCACCACAUACAGCCAGAAGAGCGAGCCCCUACAAGAUGCUGAGCGUCGCCCUGCUAUACGCGUGUGCAUUCGUCUUCGGACAAGUCUGCGCUAAAUCCGAUAACGGCAAUUUUUUGGAUGAUAAGUGGCUUGCGGGGAGAUGGGACAAAUUCCGAGAUGAAGUGGAGGAGCCAGGAACAUGGACACCAAGCAAGCCCAUGGACCAAGGGCUGGACCCAGCCAAAGACCCCUGUCUGAAGAUCAAGUGUGGCCGACACAAGGUGUGUGUGGCCGAGGACUACAAGACCGCCACCUGCAUCAGCCAACGGAGGGUCAGCUUCAAGGACCCCAGCCUCUUCCAGAGUCCUGGCUCCAAAUGUGAGCCCUGCCCAGUGGUCCACCCCUCUCCUGUGUGUGGGACGGACGGACACACCUACUCUUCCAAGUGUAAGCUGGACUACCAGGCCUGUAUGAGUGGUAAGAAGAUCUCUGAGAAGUGUGCUGGCAUGUGUCCCUGCACCACACUGCCAGAGCACAGCAGCGCAGAGAAGAAAGUGUGCAGUGAGUCUGAUCUCAAGGAGGUGGUGAGCCGGCUGAGGGAGUGGUUCAGAGUGCUUCAUGAGAACGGCAGCCACAAGAGAACCAAGGCCCCGAAACCAGACCAGAGCAAGUUUGGCUUGGGGGCGUUGCCCAUCUGCAAAGACCCCCUAGGCUGGAUGUUCUCCCGGCUGGACACCAACUUUGACCUCCAGUUGGACCAGUCGGAGACCAGGAGCCUGUACCUGGACCGCAACGAGCCGUGCUCCGAGGCGCUCUUCAGGUCCUGCGACGUCCGCCGCGACCAGCUCCUCAGCAGCUCUGAGUGGUGCACCUGCUUCCAGAGACACACGGACUCCCCCUGUAAGGUAGAGCUGUCAAAUGUCAACAAGAAGCAAGCUGGGAAAAAACUACUUGGUCAGUACCUGCCUGCCUGUGAUGAGGAGGGGUACUACCGGACCCACCAGUGCCACGGCAGCAGCGGGCAGUGUUGGUGUGUGGAUCGCUAUGGCAACGAGGCCUCUGGCUCACGCACACACGGCCCAGCGGACUGCGGCGUGGUCUUGGAGUCUUCCGGGGACCCUGGCAGCGGAGAUUCUCUGUUCUCGGACGAAGACAAGGACUCCUUCGGUCGGAACGCCAAGGCCGGGAUGGACGACGACGAGGACGACGAAGACGAGGACGACGACGACGGCACCGACGAAUACCUGUCGUAAAGGGUUCCCCUUCUUCAGAAAAAAAAAAGAGAAGCGAAGAGAGAGAAUGGGUUCUCUUGGUCAAACUGCACGUUUUUAGGUGACUUUUCCCCGGGGGCAGAUACUUAUUCGUAUUAACAGCCUAUGGACUCUUCUCAGUGUUUUGUUUGUUCAUAAGUCCACAAUACCGAUAUCCCUGGUCAACCUUCUAGGCUUUCUCUUUUCCGACUCCUCGUUCGCGCGUCAUUGGCUAACGACACCGCGUUCAUCCGCGUGCCGGCCAGUGAACGGCGCCGGUGAAACCAGGACUUGUACAGCAUCGACAGCAGCCAAUACAACUCCUUUGGAUACGGUCACUUGUGCAAAGACCCUUCCCUCCCAUUGGACACCCUGGGUCCUCUUCUUUGUAUGACCUGGGCUAUGCCUGCUGAAGCCCAAGGCUCAGUGUUGAGGAAAUGUAACCUCUCCUCCUCCCCCUUCCUUCUCUCUCCCCUCUCCUCUUCUUCGUCUCCUCCCUCUCUCCCGCGCUCUUUUUGUAUGGUGUGAUGUGGAUAAUGCAGAUAGCAGAAACAUUGCACACGCUAGGUUGAUAUCAUUAGUGGGCGAGCUCCACCCGUACAGAGACAGUAGGACUUAGGAAUCACACAGCCGCUUCUUUAGGGGAACCGAAACACAAGUAGACACGGAAUGAAUAGAAAAAAACGAUUCUGGUGACACGAAAUGACUCGCCGUUUUUAUGGAAGAACAAAUAUAUGCUUAUUUCAAAGAACCUUGCUACAGAAAAAAGCCCAAAUAAUGGGAGGAGGAAAAUGCUGUGAUGUAGCAAAACUGUCCACUGAAUCUCAAAUGCGGAGAUCUAAGAGAUUUGAGUGCAGCGUAUUAUAAAAGUAAGGGCUCCGUUUCUAGAAGGACGUCUGGAGAAAUAGAUAACUAAACACAAGAAGAUGAACAGGGGGUUCUUACAUUUUAUUGGGUGUAACUAUAAACCGAAAGUUGCAAAGGCCUUCGGCAACCACCCCUUCACACUGCGGAGAGCUGUGCCUGGAGGCGCAUGCCCACCAGGGGGUCCACACACGACGUAGCUGGGGGGGGCGGGGAUUAGACUGCUGUUAUUUGUUCUACGUAAAACGACAUACAAGUAGCAUACUUAGCGUUCCAGCGAAAGCUUGAUUAUUAAAUGACUUUUCAUAGUGCUCAUUAUACUCGAGAAACUCUUAUACACGCACACGCACACAACUCUACACAUAUAAACACACACAAACUAUCACACACACACCUAUGCACACUCACACAUACACACACCUAUACACAUGCAUACAAAGACACACACCAAUGCAUCAACAAUCACACACACACACAUAUACACACACACAGACACACAAACACAUAUAAAGCAAAACACCUACACACACACACACACACACACACACACACACACACACACACACACACACACACACACACACACACACACACACAAAAACAAGCAUUUAUGCACUGAAGACCUGUUAAGGGGGGUGAUUGGCAGGGCAGGUGGGAUGAGGUGUGCCUUUUUUGGUGGUGGUGGUGGUGGUGGUGGUGUAAGUGAAGGUGGAGGAAAAGUGUGCAUGCUAUGAAUACACCUGGUUUUAAAUACCUUCACUGUGUCAGCCACCAGUCUGUUGGAUAUGCAGACAGCUCAGUCUUUGGGUUUUACUCUGUGUUUUGCUUCUUCCCUUAACGGUAGUGAUGCAUACCUCAUAGCCUUUCCUUUGCUUUGUUUCAUAGACUAGCCUAUCAAUGUACGAGAUCUCUGUGUACAAACACGUGCUUCGAUGCGGAGGAUGUUUUAUAUAUUAGUACGAUAACCAAACGAAAGGGGAUUUUUUGCGUGCAGGCAGCAGCUUUAGGUUUGAAGGAUGUCUUUGAUUCUUCUUUUUUUAAAACGCUUCAAUAAGAAAACGUGUUGAUAAACGUUUCAUCCUGCCAAGUCUAGCCACAUAACUGAUUUCAGGCUAACUGUAGAUUUGCUCGUGCUAUUGAUUGUCCGUGACUGUCUAGUUUAUACAGAUGAUUAAAAAUAAAUAAGAGGGAUAUUCAUGAGGCUCAACGGUCAAUAAUCGAAUAUCUCGUUGAGAUUCCAUGUUUAGGGUCUGAAAGGUGCCAUCUCUGUUGGACAAGAAUUUUAGCUCUUAGCUUGUCGUUUCAUUAAGUCUGUUCCUCUGGCGUUCCAGAGAAACCUCCUUCCUAACGUCUGUGGUCUUCUGGGUGGUGGUGACAUAUGAGCAGUGCUUAGAUGACCCAUGACACGGUAGUCACUCUCAACCAAUCACAUGCUGACAUGACAGAACACUUGUAUGGCAUUGUUUAAAGAGUUAAGACAUUUUUACUGUGUAUGUAUUAUUUGCUGAAAUAAAUAUUAUAUUGACCA